CUCAUUUCGAUACAGAAUUUUUCGGGGAAAUAUAUAGCGAGCUACCAAUUUCUCUAUUUCCAACCAGACUUUUAAACCGAGGCAUGCGGUGAUUGGGCGUCUUGGAGUCACGCGGUGUGCAGUCGCCCUGCCGCUGAAUGCGAGCUUAACUGCCAGCUUUAGCAGCGGUUCUAUCUGGAUCCUCCGCGCACAACCUACAACAAUUACUGAUUAUUACUGAAGACCUUUUCUUCUUUUGGAAGACAGUUCUUCACCAUGGGCGACAAGAAAAGCCCUACCAGGCCAAAAAGACAAGCUAAACCAAGUGCUGACGACGGAUAUUGGGACUGUAGCGUCUGCACCUUCAAGAACAGUGCAGAGGCUUUUAAAUGCAGCAUAUGCGAUGUGAGGAAGGGCACAUCCACAAGGAAACCCAGGAUCAACUCCCAGCUGGUGGCCCAGCAGGUGGCUCAACAGUACGCGAUGCCUCCCCCGCCCAAGAAGGAGAGGAAGGAGAGGCCUGAGAGGGAGCAUGGCCCGGACGGGGAGCUCUUGGACGGGGAGGGGGAGCACCCCGAGGGAGAGCUUCUGGAGAGAGUGAAGCCAGAAGGAGAAGGAGAAGGAGAACCUCCCCUGGAUAAAGACGAGAGCGAUAAGGAGAAGCCGGAAAACGAUCAAGCAGAAAAGCCAGAGCAAGAGGAGGAGAAAGAAAAAGGUAAAGAGAUCAGCCCAGCCAGGCCCAUCGCCAAGAAACCCAGCAUCAAAGAGAUCAGCCUAGCCGGGCCUAUCGCCAAGAAACCAAGCAUCAAAGAGAGCAGCCUAGCCGGGCCCAUCGCCAAGAAACCCAGCAUUAAAGAGAGCAGCCCAGCCGGGCCCAUCGCCAAGAAACCCAGCAUAAAAGAGAGCAGCCCAGCCGGGCCCAUCGCCAAGAAACCCAGCAUCAAAGAGAGCAGCCCAGCCAGCCCCAUCGCCAAGAAACCCAGCAUCAAAGAGAGCAGCCCAGCCAGGCCCAUCGCCAAGAAACCCAGCAUCAAAGAGAGCAGCCCAGCUAGGCCCUUCGCCAAGAAACCCAGCAUCAAAGAGAGCAGCCCAGCCAGGCCCAUCGUCAAGAAACCCAGUAUCAAAAAGAUCAGACCCAAGACAGACGUUCAUCAGAGCCUACCCAGCAUACAGUCUGGGGAGUCAACAACCAAGAUCAACAACUCUCACCUCUCCAGGCCCAAACUGAAGAACAUUGACCGGAGCACCGCUCAGCAGCUAGCCAUAACGGUGGGGAACGUGACGGUCAUCAUAACGGACUUUAAGGAGAAGACCCGCUCCUCGUCCACAUCCUCGUCCACCGUGACGUCCAGCUCGGGCUCCGAGCAGCGGCACCAGAGCUCUGGCUCCGAGAGCAUGGACAAGAGCUCGUCUCGCGCCUCCACCCCCAAAGGAGAGCUCUCUGUGGGGCAUGACGAGUCCUUCUGAGCCCUACAGUCCAGGUGCUCCGUGAUGACUCUGUGGAUCGGAUCCCUUAGGGGGAGAUAUUUCACCUUCCUGCCUCCUGCCUCCGCCUUCCUUCCAUCACCGUCCCAGGAUGCUGAGAGAGCUAGCUGAUUGGAGCAGUCUGAUUGGAGCGGUCUGAUUGGAGCAGACCAUGGCGUGCGCCUAAUGGAGAAACGUCCAAUCAUGGGUACACGUUGAGCAUGGCCCAGGCGGGAGAGUGGGGCUGAUGGGAAUAGCGCCCCCACCGGUGGCAUCCUGACACUUGUAUGUAUUGUUUGAUAUUUGUACGUGGAUGUGUGGCCGACAUUUUGUUUUUGUGGAAAGAAAGGAUCUGCUGUACACAAUAACCACCACCAUUUUAGCAACUCUGAAACAUGACCCUUAUUUAUUACUUGUUGCACCCUUAUACUUUGAGAGACUUUUCUUUUGUUGAGGCUUUGCUGUGUAGUUGUACCCAUCUCUCACUUUGACACUUGUUUUGAUGGUUGAACUGGUAGGAUGGGACAAGAUGCUUGAGACCACUACACACUGGUGCUACAUCGAUACACUGUGAAACAGUUUCCGACGUGGGACUGUCAUUCACACGAUCCAACAAAAGUGCUAAUAACCCAGAAAUUCUCUUGCUCUCUUUCUCUCCCUCUUUCGCACACUCUCUCACUCUCUUACACUCGUGUCUGAUUUUAGUUUGAACCUCCAUGUGGUCUUUCAGGUUGAUGUGUAGAGGUGAAUGUGCAGCAUAUAAAGGUCACCUGCUUUGUUUUGAUUUGAAGGGCCUACAAUGUCAACUCAACACACACCCAAACCUUUGUCUAUCAUUUAGUCAGAUGCUAUAUAUCAAUCUUAUACAAUCUGUGUCUCCUGUCCUUAACUCUAUAGUGUAGGCUAUUGUGAAAAACACUAAAGUUGUUGAUGUUUUUGCAUUCCGUCGCUUUAAUAUUGGUUAGCCAGUUGAGGUACCUUUUUUAUUUCUGUAAUGACUGAAGGAAAGGUCAAGUUCAGAUCCACCUGUCAAGACCACAGUUUGAACUGUAAUAUAGUGAUGCCAUAUACCGUUUAUGAUAUCCAACUGAUGCUAAGGGACUUCAGGUUUUUAGACGUCUUAGCGAACUUUUACCAAUGUUUUUUUUGAAUGCUCUGGUUUACAAAGUUGUGUUUUUUCCCGGUUUAUUUAGUGCAAAGGCCUGGACAGUUCAUGACGAUUUGAGAAUUGAUUUGAGUGACUUUUUCUGCUAAGAUAUAUUUAAGACUCCAAUAUGUAGGUUAAGUGAAGGCAGAAACAUUGCAAGUAGAUGAUAUAGCUAAUUGAAUAAUAUUACAUUUUUGUUUUGCAUUUUCAAAGCAGUAAACACUUACCUAAAUAACCAAUUAAAUGGUUCUAAUUCUCAUUCUCCUUAGAUGAAAAUAGACCCUAAUUUCCUCUUUAAAUGUAUUAAAUUGUAUAAAGAAUAAAUGUGUAUAUCUUAGUUUUAUUUAUUGAAGGACCAAAGGAAUUUCAUAAUGACAUGAUACAUAGACAAAUGAAUAACAAUUUGAGAUGCAAUUCUAAAAUGUGUGAAAUGAAAUACAUUUUAAAUAAAGACUAAUAUAAUCCAUUUAAAUGGUGUAAUUCUUGUCCACUUUACAAGGAACUUACCUAGAUAAACCUGAGAAUAAGCAGAACAGAAAAUAACAACACUAACAUUAUUUCAAUCACAAGUCAGUUUCUCUACUUAGAGAACAAUGAAAGGCAAUGAAAAGCAUUCAAUGGGCAGUGAGCUGCAGGGAACUCUGCAGUGUUCAGAAGCUCUUGGAGCCAUGUAAAGCCCUGUGCUUUGAGCCUCUGCUCCACUGUCCUCCGUACAGUAUCUCCCCCUGCAGAGAACCAGUUGGCCUGAGCAGGCCAGUUCAAUCUCUACCUAUAGACUUCUCUAAAGCAGGUCAGGCAAGGUAGGCAUACCCUUCUAACUUACCGUGACCAUGAGUCCACCGGGCAGGUGUUGUAGUAAAGGCUUUACGAUCUAUUUAGUGUAGAUACGAUAAUCAUAUUUGUGUGUUGUGAAUAAGCAAUGUUUGUUGUCCAAAUAAGACCAUACAAAGUUGAUUUACUGUUUUAACAGAUGCCUGCUUCACAUUUCUCGACUACAUUUAUUUUAUUUUUUUAACGAUUAAUUUGAUUCAUAUGUAUCGAUUCUUUUAAAUGAUUUGUUGAUGAAACAAACAAUUCACUUCGCUAUUGUUGGGAUUUGGUUCAAUUGCUGUGAAUCAAAAUAAGAAUUUGAGAAUUGUGAGCAGUAUUUUUGGGGCAAAAGAUAAGCUGGAGCCUUCCUUUUUGGAUUAUGUGGCUACAAAACGUGUUUUGUUGAUACUUCAAGUAGAGUUGGGCAUUCAAUUUAUGGAACAUUACAACUCAAUAGAUGCUAGUCAACCUGCAAAGUAAACAUUUCUAAAGAAAGAUAAAUAUGGCAACUAGAAAAGGCACAUUUCCCGAAGACAAUGUGUGUGUUAACUUCAGCAUUCUAAAAAUCCAAUUUGUAUGUUAGUGGGAGAUGUGAAGAAUGUAGAAUUCCAGCUAAAUAGAAGCUGAAGCUGAUCAUAAUAGGGAGAGUAGGUCCGAUUUCUUUAGGAGACUGCUAUUUAUUUCAGAUGGCACAUCACUUAUUAGAAAUGGCACAACUAUGCCACUGAAAAAAUGUACAGUGCCUAAACCUGAAUGAACUGUGCCAGGACAGGUUUUCAAGGGUGCUGUCCAGCUUCUGACAUGGGGGGGAGGGUGGGGGAAAGUGACUCAUUCCAAAACCAUUUUACCAAAAGGCUCAAUUCUGUUGGUAAUGUUGCUAGGUGUUGUACUAAGGUUGCUUUAGUUCAAUUCUUUUUUUUAUUUAUAUAUUUUUUGCUCACACGCCUCAGUUUACUAAAAAAAAUUAUCCGUUGAAAGUUAAUCAACUUUGUAUGGCCUAAGCAUUAUUUGUAACUUCUUCUGACUCCUCCCUGAGUUUCGUUUUGCUGUUCAGCUGUAUGAUUAUGAUAUGUAAUAAUUAUCUAUUUAAACUCUAUAUUUUGUGCUAAGAUAUGGAGUCUCUAGGCUACAUUGAAUGAGGAAGAAGAUCAGAUAUAUUCAAAGAAAAUGCAAUGUGAACAGAAUUAAUGAGGUGUCUGGCUGAGAUAUGAAGAAAAAUAUGCUAUCGGUCACAUUUUUACUGAGAAUGUUAACUCUUUGCUUUGUAAUGCAAUCCAGAAGAAAUUGGCUUUAAAAGCCAUAUUUCCACAUGCCUUACCCGCAACCAUAUUCACAUGACUGACUUCUGUGACAUUAUUAUAGAAUUGAUUCAUUGUAUGUUAAAUUAUUGAAAAUGGCCAUUUGCUGGGUAUAUAAAACUUUGCUUGUAUGUAUAAUCUGAAAUAGCAAACUUUAUUAGAAUGGCAUUGUUUUAUUUGAUAUAUUUUUCCUUUCUUUUACGCGCAAGCAGUUCUGUUCUUGUGCGACCAGUAACCUUAAUUUACUGUGUAAAGAUGGUUACAUUUUUUUUUUAGCUUUGUUUGUCAGACACCUAAAUAUAGACUGCUUGUUAAUUGACUGAGUAACAUUAAUCUCUUGAAUUUCCAAUUUAAAUGUAUUAUACUAGGGCAAUUCCACAGUAAAAGAGUGAUACUGAGACUCACUUUGUUCACUUUAAAAUGUAUGUCAAACGAAAACCAGUGAUUGCAAAGUUAAACAAACCAUAUAACUCUAUCCAUAAGGACUACUUUUAACAAUUUCCACUGAAAUUUUACAAAACACAUUUACAUGAAGAACAGUGCCGAUCCGAAGUUUGGUAACCGUCAUUGUUCUCCAAGACUUUCCCACUGGGCAAAUACUGGUUGAAUCAACGUUGUUUCCACAUCAUUUCAACAAAAACAUUCAAUGUGAUGACGUUGAAUCAACGGGGAAACUCAUUGGAUUUGCAAGAAGUCCAACAUAAGGGAUUUGUUUUUAAUUUUUUCACUCAACUUUAUUGACAUGGUCAAUAUUUUAUUUCGAUUUCACGUUAAAUUUAUCUUAGUUGACAACUCAACCAAAUGUAAAUCAAGACUAGAUGUUGAAAUGACGUCUGCCCAGUGUGUCGCAUCUGCACUGCUCUUCAAGUGAAUGUGUUUUUGUCAAAUGUGUUUUAAAAUGGUAAGAAAUUAUUCAUAAAGUUGUAUGGUUUGUUUAACUUUGCGAUCAUUGGUUUUUGUUUGACAUACAUUUUAAAGUGAAAAAUCUGUCUCGGCAUCACUUAUUUAUUGUGGAAUUGUCAACAAGCUCUUUUCAUUUUACCGUUUUACAAUGUCUUGUACAAUGCUUUUAAAGUUAAUGCUCAGUAAAAGUAUGUAUGGUCAGUAUAUUAAUCUUUUUUUUUGUUUAAUCUUGUUUGCGUUCAGUUUUCUUUCUUACUACUUGCUGAUGUGUCAUUGGUCACCCUGUGAGAUGGUCACAUUACUUCACUAGUGUGGAAAUGUAUGGAGCGAAUUUCAAAGGAUCACCGCUUCUUGUCUACUAGCUUAUACAAUGUUGAAUAAUACAUGUUUCCUGGCAUGUGCACGGCUUAACGCUUAUAGGCUACCUUAUUAUUUCCUCUGCUUCAAAUAGAAAUGUAUAUUUAUGAAUUUUGCUUGUAGUUUUUCACAAAUAAAAUUGUUAAAGUUA